UACCCGCUGUCUUUUUUUAUCCGUUGUCAUUUCCGGAGCUGAACGAAUGCGUUGCGUUUAAGCUGUACUGGUGGAGCCCCGGUGGAGAUGUCUACCGCCCUGGAGAGUUACAUUAACCGGACUGUUGCCAUAGUCACUUCCGAUGGUAGAAUGAUUGUGGGAACGCUAAAGGGCUUCGAUCAAACAAUCAAUCUCAUCCUGGACGAGAGCCAUGAGCGUGUGUUUAGCUCUUCCCAGGGUGUUGAACAGGUGGUUUUGGGACUGUACAUUGUCAGAGGCGAUAAUGUGGCUGUAAUCGGCGAAAUCGAUGAAGAGACAGAUUCUGCGCUAGAUCUCGGCAACAUAAGGGCAGAACCACUCAAUUCUGUGGUGCACUGAUAUCUCACGAACGCACAAGGACAGAGAUUUCACGUUUAUAAGUAAUCCCCUUGCUCCAAUUGAAGACUUAACCUUGGAAACCUAUAGGCAUGGAAAGGCAGCAAUAUAAUUUGCUUUUUUUGAAUCUUCAAGGAAAUAGACUUCUUGUUAUUUCUUUUUUAUGUGUAUUGAAACAAUAAAAAAUAAAAAAAACGCAAUUUUUUAACAAUUUUUAUUUUCAAUGGUGGUAAAGAGAUGAGCAUAUUUGCAUUCUGAAUUCACUGAUGUAUUUGUGAAGUUAACUACAUUAAACAUGUAUUUACACAUUGACUGCCAUUAGAGACUUCUAAAAAAAAUAACUGGGUGACACAAAGAAAUGUCACCCCACAAAAAUGAAAGAAGGGAAAUAAAAAUUGCAUAUUGAAAAUGAA